UUUGCGUCUUCAGGCAUCGCAGCAGCCACCAUGUUCAUGCCAGAAAAGCUGACGGAGGUAUCAGAAUCCCAGCUGCGGGUAGCAUUUGAUGGUGAUGCCGUCCUCUUCUCCGAUGAGUCCGAGCGCAUCUUCAAGGCCCACGGACUGGACAAGUUCUUUGAACACGAGAGGGAAAAUGAGGACACGCUGCUGGAUCAUGGUCCCCUGAAGGGCUUCCUGGAGGCACUGGGGAAGCUCCAGAAAAAGUUUUACGCUAAAGGCCACCGCCUGGACUGUCCCAUCCGCACCUUCUUGGUCACAGCUCGCAGCGCAGCGAGCUCCGGCAUUCGGGCGCUGAAGACGCUCAGAGCCUGGGGCUUGGAGAUCGAUGAGGCCUUGUUCCUUGCAGGUGCACGGAAGGGCCCCAUGCUGGAGAAGAUUAGGCCUCACAUCUACUUUGAUGAUCAGAUGUUCCAUGUGGAGGGAGCGGCAGAGAUGGGCACCAUCGCUGCCCACGUUCCCUACGGCAUUGCACAGAAACAUAACGCCAAACAGAACACCAGUGUGAAGAAGUAGGCAGCAGGACUUUGGCUGUCAGAAGAAGGAUGGGAUGGAGAAACAUCUAAGUGAAGGGCAGAGAGGAGAAGCAUUAAAGAUGAACUUUUACUGUUAAAUGUUUGGAAAUGAAUCAUUUCCAUAAUGCAGCAAUUUAAUUGCAAGUUUGUUUUAUCACAGUGUCUCAACUUAAUGCUAUUUCAAGCUAGAUAGAAGCCUGGAUAAAGGUCAGUUAGCGGUCUGGAACCUGAGAGGACCUGAAUGCCUACAUGUCCCCCAGCUACACAUUUCAAAACUUCGGUCGGUUGAGUACAAUUGUGUUUGUCUCACUUUGUACGGUAGUUUUAAAGCUGCUCAUUAACGGAGUACUUCUCUCAUUACUACUUGUCUUCAUAAAGACACUUCAGUGCUGCAAAGCUGGAGGACACAGACUUCUAAGUAAACCACUACACUGUAUGUUGUUAAUAAAGCACAAUGCAGAGAUAUUAUACGGUUAAACAAUAUAGCGAUGUACUGUAGCACGAGUGUCAUAAGCUUCUGUGUCAGUCAUUUUAUAGUUUGACUUCACAAAAAAUGUAAAAAAAAAUGUUUGGUUGGAACUCAGAAAGUGUUAAGUGUAUAUUUACUGAAGACAGCAAGGCUACCUAUUCUUGUGUUCAAAACAAAUACAGAAAGCCAUACGUUUCAGUUGGUGCCUUAAGAGUAGAUUAAUACUUCUCUGGGCUGCAUGUAGGCGAGAGUUUGUUUUAUACGUCUAUGUACUAUGCUUCUGUUUGUUUUCACCCACAUUUCACAAACAAUGUCCCGACAGGAUCUGAAUCAACCACUCAAUUACUUGACACGCCUGUCCAUGAUGUGGUGUUGAGCCUCUAUGCCAUGCCCAUAACACAGGCCUCUGCUGGGAGCCUUCUUUGUAUGUUUAGAAAAGCAUAAUUCCAUUACUUUCAAUAUCGACAUUUGGCUAAAUGAUAUUGCUGAAAUAUUUCAACUGCUGCCAUAAUAUUCAGUGCAGACAUUCAGGCCAAAUUCUCCUUAACUUCACUUGUAUACGACAGUAAUAACAUGAAAGAUUUCUCCUGUUCGCAACAAAGUACACCCACAGGAAAUUGUCCAGGCUGAAAGCAUAUGGUAUAUGCAUCUUUACCAUUUGGCUGCCAGACAAUGGUAAAUGUACUUUAUUUUGCUGAUGACACCACUUUUUUAAAAAAAGAUUUCUGCCAAAAACAUGCAAGUUUCAGUGGGUGCCUUUAGUUUCAAUUUGCUAUUUAUAGCCACGUGUCCCUGACUUUUCAUGUAGUGUCAUGAACUCAAGAACAAAACUGAGGGGUUAGUGCCAAAGUGGGCCAAACCACAAAAUCUAAAUUUUGUGUUGCUUUAAAAAAUCAUGGUU